AUGGCAUCCAAGAUCUCGGACGCGCAGAAAAAGGCCUACGAGGUCGUCGUGGCACGCCUCGAGCGCAUCCGCAACCACCUCGACAACAAGCCCAGGUCCGGCAGGCUCGCAGGCAAGGUCGCUAUCAUCACUGGCUGCGGAAGCCUCACCGGCAUCGGACGUGCCACGGCGCUCCAGUUUGCUCAUGAAGGCGUCAAGCACCUCUACGUCCUCGACCUCGACGGCGAAAACCUGCCGGGCCUCAAGCAGACGAUCACCACAAAGUACCCGGACGUCACGGUGACGACGCUCGAGUGCGAUGCGGCCGAUGAAAAGGCCAUCUCGGGCGUGUGCCAGCGGGCGCUGCAGGACGAGGGGCGGCUCGACAUCUUCUACGCCAACGCCGCCCGCGCCACGGGCGCGCCCCUGGCCGCCACCGACGUCGAGGACCUCGAGACGACGCACCACAUCAACGUCACGUCGUGCUUCCUCGCGUGCAAGUACGCCUCCGAGGCCAUGCAGCGCACGUCGCCGUCCAAGCCCGAGUCGGGCGGCUCCAUCGUCAUGACGGCCUCCGUCGCCGGCCUCCGGAGCGGCGCAGGCUCCGUCGACUACUCGGCCUCCAAGGCCGCCGUUAUCUCGAUCGCAAACACCUCGGCGUGGCAGCUCACCCGCACCGGCGUCCGCGUCAACGCUGUCUGCCCCGGCCUCAUCGAGACGGGAAUGACCUCGGCCGUCUUUGACAUGGCUAGGGAGAGGGGAACCGCCUCCAAGAUCGGACAGCUCAACCCGGCCGGAAGGUACGGCGUCGCUGCCGAGAUCGCCAACGCCGUUACCUUCCUCGCCUCGGACGAGGCAUCCUACGUCAACGGAAUCGCACUGCCCGUCGACGGCGGCCUCUCGGCCAGCUUGCCCGUCGUCCCCGGCAAGUUCCACUAG